AUGGAGUAUGCUCUUGGGCGGUUGGAGACCUUUAAGCUUCCAAAGCUGAUCAAUGUGCAAACCUUGGCGUUACUUAGCAUUGCGGCAAAACCGUAUUUUGAACCUCAUGUCUCCAACAGAGUUUUUGAGCAAGCCUGCCUUUUGGCGAGACGUAUGGGUCUUGGCAUCGCCUCUCGCGAGGAAGGACUGUCCACAGACGCGGUUGAGGAGCGUUCAAAAGUUUUGAGGUCCCUGUAUCUGCAAGAUAAACCUAUAUCACUCAAUCGCGGCACCAACUGUCUCCUCCCUUCCUUCGACUGCGACUUGCAUAUCUCACUCCAGGAGUCCAGCCAUGGAGAGACUCAACUAUGUGCAAGGUAUCAGCUCUCACGCUGUCUUGAGGAUAUAUAUAUCCGUCUCUAUUCGAACCACUCGCACCAACAGUCGGCAUCACAGCGCAAUAAAGAUAUCGGUGUUCUUGAUAGCUCACUCCUGGCCUGGGCUCGCACUUAUGGGCAAAGUCUCGACUCCUACUUACUGAUGGAAUAUAUCGAAGCACGCAUUGCUGUUCUUCGCCAGAGUGGCGAAGAUGGGCAUCAAACAGAGGUCAAACAGCUUUCACGGAUCAGUUGCACUCUUCUUGCUCCCACAGCGACAAUCGCACAAAGAACUCCUCUGUUUGACUCCAGUGGUGCACUCGCGUCUUCACUAGCUGUCACACAACCCGCGAAUCUACAAGUCCCACCGGGUGCUAACCACUCCGAACCACCAUUUCGAAUUCGCAGUCUCGUUGAGAAGUUUCCAAUGUCUGCAUUUUUCACGCUUGCUAGAAGCAUCAUCAGUCAAAACUGCGAGGAAUACGUCGUGGAGGACUUGGAACUAAUCCGGAUGGUCAAUCGCACUUUCCAAGAUUACUUCCCUCAUGUACAAGUGAAGACAGUGUACAAAAGCUCAGAGCAAGCAGUGAGCAAUGUGCUGCGGUUAAUUCGUAUCGUCCGGCCAGAACUAUUUCCGGAAGAUGAUACCUCAGCUGCUCUAACGGCAAACGAAUCCCCUGGAUUUGAAGCCAAUUCCAGCACGAUCCUAUCUUCAUUCUCGAACACUUCUGGCUGUUCCAACGGGCUUUCUCCGUCAGCUAUAGAAAGACUGUCUUGGCUUGAUAACUGCGAUAGCCUAAUGUUCAAUGAUGGAUUUGAUAGGAGCUGCAUAUAUACCGAUCUGGAUAUUUCUGGGGACUUCAACAUGCCAUUGCUAGAAAUGGGAUCUCAGGCUGUUUCCCCCGACCCGUACCAUGCCGAUGGUUACGUAGUGUGA